AUGGUUGAGCAGACCAGAGAGAAGACAACAGUCAGAGAUAUCAACUACAGUCUCCCCAACUCAGGUCCCUACCAAUACCAUCGAAAACACCAUACGCACGCCAGCAUCAACAUCAGUGGUUCAAAGUUCAUCCAAGGGUUCUAUACGCGUUACUGUAUCUACCUCUGUCAACUUCCCAUCCAGCCACGGAUCACUCCUGGCUGGGCAGUUUCCGGCGCCAUACUCAUCCUAACAGGUAUCGUCUGCGGUAUGGUCGGCAUCAAGAAAAAAUGGCUCCACACAUUCCUUACCACCGGCUUCCUCGUCAGCUUAGGAACCACUGUUUUGAUCCUCUACGUGACUGAUCCGCCAGUCAGUGACGCGGUCCAAGGAGCCUAUGUCGUGGCUGCGGUCUGUACUGGCCUGAUCGUUGGCGGCGUAGCCAUCAUAUUCCAGGACUUGGCCCAAGGUCUAGCCUGCCUGCUCGCCGGCUUUUGCUUCACAGCUAUCAUGGUAAUCUUUGUUGCCUGGAUUGUCUCGCAGCUCAAACUCUGGUGUUUGGUUAGGAAU